AUGGAAAAUCAAGGGAAUCAGCACAAUGUGGCUCGUGAUGCUGCAACUCGUAAUGCAGAAACUACUCCAAUCUUUGUAGGAGACUCCUCUAAUUCUACAGGGAAUCAAAACUAUUUCAGCGUUCAGCAGUUGCUCAAUAGAGAUGACUCUGAUCAUAUGAGGAAUGGGCACUUUGCUUCUCGAGGAGCUGAUUCGAGCAAUCUCCCUCGGGAUGUAGACAUGAAUGAAACUCCUGAAGGUAAUGGAGUUGGCGAAAAUCAUAACUGGGGGAGAGGAGUAUCCUUAUCUCCAUUUAAUUUGGGUGGCUUAGAAUCUACUAUAAAUCCUUCUGGCCCACCUGUAAUUUCUUCUGGAAUUUCAGGAUAUGUGGUAGAAGAAAAUAAUGUUAGGGAGGUUCUAUCAAGUGAUGGUAGGCGUAUAUCCUUCAAAAGAGGAGCACCUGAAUAUGUUUUCCGUCAACUGUUUGCAGGAGAUGGUUCAAGCUAUGGAGAGAGAGCUGGAGAUCAUCCUAGUGAACAACUUGCUUCAAAUGGCCUAGCAUAUCUCAAUCAUGGCAGGUUAAAUUCAACAGGCUCCUGGAAUAAUCACCUUAUGAAUGCUAAUCACUCAAUAGUGUCCAUUGUUGUAACUGCGUUUAGCGUGGAAGCUGAAAGCUCUUCUCCAGAACUAAACUCAAGUGUGGAAGCAGGAGGUCCACCAGUUUUCGGGCAAGCACUUGGUGCACACCAAGCUUCAAGUGCGGCGAGGCAAAUGCAUGUCUUCGGGAGAAAUACUCGAUUGAGAACCGAAAACCAACAAGAUGUUGUGCCUGAAUCAUCAUCAGCUCAGACAGUAGGGAACCCUAUAGGAUUAUUAUAUCAACCGGAUUUUGUUCUUCCUUCUGAUCAAGUUCUUAAUGAAAUCACAGAAUCUCAGGUUCUUGCCAAUGCAAAUUUGGCAGCACAAUUGCCUAUUGUAGAGAUCCCAAAUCUUGCACAAAGUCUACAACUUUCUGAAUUGAGUAACGAGGUAAGUAGAUUGGUACAUCAGGAAGAGAACCCGAUGAACCAAGCGAGACCAACAAUGCCUUCCAACGAAGGUACGAGCACUGACGGGGCAGAAGGGUCGCCGAAUGCAAAUAGAGCCAAUGGGAAUACGAAUAGAAAUAUUCCUAGCAACGUUGAUUCUUCUUUCCGAAAUGUAUCUGGUCCAAGUGUCGAGGUACUGCCUGCUCCAAAUAACUCCCCUCAACCAACCAUGGGUGGUGAAGAAGAGGUCGAAAGAAAUACUAUUACUGUGAAUCAGCCUGAGCGACGUAGACGUGGAAUGCGGGGUCCAAUACCUUCAGGUGCUCCUGCUGUUGCAAGACGUGCGGAGACUCCAUUCAGAGGUGGAAAUAGAAGUUCUUCUCCCCUACCUUUGAGGACGCGAGCUGUACCAGGUCCUCCUGACGUUUCUAAUUUUCCACCUCCACUCCAAUUUUUGACUGAUGCUGAGAGAAGAAGCAUAGCAAUUCGGGAGUUUGGCAUGAUGAAUGGCAUUCUUUACAUUGCCAAUAGCGAUGAUGAAGAUGAGGAGGAUAAUCAUGGAGACAUGAACUAUGAGGAGUUUCUUGAACUUGAAGUUCAGAUUAGAUAUGUCAACAAUGGGUUAGCUGAGCCGAUAAUCCUCGACAAUUUGGGCUUGAGGACAUAUCACUCUACUCCAUCUAAACCUGAAAUGUGCUGUAUCUGUCAAGACGACUAUGAGGAUGGAAAUGAAAUUGGAAAACUGGACUGUGGGCAUGAGUUUCAUUCCAACUGCAUCACAAAGUGGCUGGUGAUACAUAACACCUGUCCUCUCUGCAAGAGGAAGGGGUUGAAUGUGGCCGCUCACUAA